AAGCGACGUAAACAAGGGCGGAGGAGGAGUCGCGUCGCAAGUGCCUCCGAGAAGAAUUUUCUGUUUUGGGGCUUUUGGUCCAGCGAAACCAUGCACGGCAUAGGACGCAUUCCAGAUGAGGUUGGACAUCUCAUCCUGAGCGAGGAUGGAGCUAUUAUCACGUCUGGAGGUGACCUGGAGAACGCAGAACAGUUUGCCAGUUCGAUCAUGUCUCUGCUCACGUGCACGUCUCGUAACCACUUGAUGCAGAGCGACGGUGGAGGAUUUAAGAAGAUAUCAGUUACAUACACGGAUCACUGCUACGUGAUCUGUCUUUCCAAUAAGAACAUACACGUUGUGAAGAGAAGGUUUGCUACUCACGAACCCGUUAAUGUGUAAUGGAGUGAGAAUUUAAUCAAAGGAGGAAUAUAUAUAUAUAUAUAUAUAUAUAUAUAUAUAUAUAUAUAUAUAUAUAUAUAUAUAUAUAUAUAUAUAUUUAUAUAUUUGUUGAAUAAAGAAGUUGAGUAUAUACAGACAGUGAAAGUUGAAGCAGAAGUUAGAGUGGGAGAUGAAUUAACCAAUGAAUGAGUGAAGGGGUGAGUGAAUGCAUGAAUAAGUAAUGAAAAGACAGACAGACAGACAGACAGACAGACAGACAGACAGACAGACAGACAGACAGACAGACAGACAGACAGACAGAAAAUUGACUUAUACAAAUAUUCACCUAAAGUUGAUUGUUUUUCUUAUUGAACUAUUAGUGCUGUGGAAUAAAAAGUUUUUUUUGUGGAAUUUGUAAGCUCUUUGAAUAUAUACCUAUGUCAAAUGUAUUAAGAAAAUAAAUUGUCAUGAAAUUAA